GUAGGGCAAAAAGUAAAUCUACAUAAUCUUUAUUUUGAUUAUUUUACUAUUUUAGUUCAUGUACGUUGAGUUAUUAAUUUGCUUUUUUUUCUCAGAGAUGGAUGAAGAAAAUAUUUAGGUCGUUAAUUGUACAAUUGAAUGGACAGUAGAUUCUGUACUGUUGUUUACACAGGCAUUUUGAAGGAAGAGUUCUAAAGACUAGCAUCUAUUUUGCAGCAUUAUAGACAUUUUCAAGCAGAUGCUAAAAAGACUGUUUGAACCAGUGAACAUCAGGCACAAGCCAAAAAAAGUAGAUAUUUUUGACAUUUUGUGUUAAAAUGAAAAUUAACAGUCCAUGAAAUAAGAACUCUACUUCAUGUGUGGAUGGUUGUAAAAACAUGGACUUGGCGUUACCCUGCCAAGGACUGAAAACCACUGAAUUUAUUUCAAGCAUACAUUCACAUGGGAUAAGAACCAAAGAAAACAGAGUUUGAGGUUUCACUGCUUGAGAUCAGGAGAUAAUGAAUAAUACAGAAUAACAGACAGGAAAAUGGAAAAUGUUUGAAAAUUUCAUUCUUAUGUGAAACUGUCAAGUAUGAAAAAGGAUAUAGGAGAGAAGGAAUAAAUGCAACAUUGGUGUUUAUAUAUUCAUUCCUGAGAGAACUAGAUGGGAUGUAGUCAUAAUGAGAAAGUGAACAUGUAUUCUGAAUUGACAAAUGAAAGAAAUCCUUAAAAUUAUGACUUUCAGAUAAGCAAAACUCAGAACAGUGUAGUAGGGUAGAGUAUAUUAAUUUUUUAAUCUAGGGUGCACUUAUUCAACCUUGCUGUUGAGCUAAUUUUUAUAGCGACAUGGAAGACUGUUCGCCUUAGGUGUAAGAGGUCUCGGGUUUGAUACCCGGUCAGGUCUGAAUUAAUUUUCAGCCUGUUACAACAGUAAUAAAAAAAACAACAAAACAAAAUAAAUUAACAUACACACUGAACAGAACUGCUUUAAAUGUGCUGUUAACACAUAUAGAUAUACUGUAAAAUCAUUUAAUUUCGUGGGCAUGAAAUUUCGUGGUUUUGGUCAAAACGGCAAUUUUGUGGGGAUUAGAAUUCAUGGAUUUCAACUUUUGAACAUGAAAUGAAUGGGAAUUUUACUUGUUCAUUGGGAUUAAAUUUCGUUGAUUGACUCAACCACGAAAUCCACGAAAAUUAGCCCCCCACGAAUAUUAAUGAUUCCACAGUACUUACAAUAGAUACAUGUACCUGUAAUGUAAUAUGGCAGAAUAUACUGAAGAAAAACGUUUUAAAUGUAAUGUAUGUAGUUAUUCCAGUAACUAUAAAGUUGAUGUGACAAGACAUUUGAGAAUACAUACUGGAGAAAAAUGUUUUAAAUGUGAUUAUUGUAGUUAUACAUGUAAUUUUAGCAGUAAUCUUAAAGUUCACAUGAAAAUUCAUGAAAGAGUAAAAUCAUUUUUAUGUCAUAUUUGUGGUCAUGCAUCUACUUUAUACAGCGACCUGAAAAAGCAUCUUAGAAUACACACAAAAGAGAAAAGCUUCAAGUGCGGUCUCUGUGAUUACAUGAGUGAUUACAGCAAAGACCUGAAAUGUCAUCUGGCAAAACAUACUGGAGAAAAGCACUUCAAAUGUCAUAUUUGUAGUUACGCAAGUUUUGACAGCAGAUCUCUGAAAAGUCAUCUGAGAAAACAUACUGGAGAGAAAUGCUUUAAGUGUGAUCUUUGUAAUUAUACAACUAAUUAUAGUUUUGAUUUGAAAAAGCAUAUGGCUGUACACACUAAAGAGAAACGUUUUAAAUGUCAUAUUUGUAAUUAUGAAAGUUACCAUAGUGGUAAUCUGAAAAGACACGUAAUGGUUCAUACAGGAGAGAAAUGCUUUAGAUGUGAUAUUUGUGGUGAAACUUUAAAUUGUUACAGUGAUCUGAAAAGGCAUAUAGAAAAACACACUGAUGAGAAACCUUUUAAAUGCCACAUUUGCAGUUAUGCAAGUUACAGAAGAAAACUUUUAGAAUGCCAUUUGAGAAAGCAUACGGGAGAGAAACACUUCAAAUGUGGUAUUUGUAGUUUUUCCAGUUUUAAAAGCGGCGAUCUGAAAAGGCACACUAGAAUACAUACAGGAGAGAAGAGUUUUAAGUGUGAGAUCUGUGAUUAUAGUUGCAAUCUCAGUGGGUCAUUGAAAACUCAUAUGAAAAUCCAUGGAGAGAAGCAAUUUAAAUGUGAUGUUUGCAGUUAUGCAAGUUAUACCAGCAAUGGCCUGAAAAGACACAUGAGAACGCAUACAGGAGAACACUGCUUUCAAUGCAACAUUUGUAGUUACCUAUGUUAUGACAAAAGUGAGUUGAAGCGUCACGAGAUGAUACAUUCAGAAGAGAAAAGCUUUAAAUGUCAUGUUUGUAGUUUCGCAAGUAAUCAUAGCGCUGAUGUGAAAAUACAUCUAAGGAUACACACAGGAGAGAAACGAUAUAAAUGUGAUGUUUGUAGCUACACGAGUAACUACUUGAGGGAUCUGAGAGGUCAUAUGAGUAACCAUACAGGAGAGAAACGCUUUAAAUGUGAUGUUUGCAAUUAUGCAAGUAAUUAUAAAAGCAGUUUGAAAAUGCAUGCCAGAAGGCAUACUGGAGAAAAACGCUUUAAAUGUGAUGUUUGCAGUUUUGCAAGUCAUGCUAACGGUGAUCUGAAAAGGCAUAUUACAAUACACACAGGAGAGAAAUGCUAUAAAUGUGAGUUGUGUAGUUAUAAAUGCAAUCACAGCAGUAACCUGAAAAAACACAUGAAAGUCCAUGAAGGAGAUAAAGCAUUGAGUUGUGAUGUUGAACUUACAGGUACCUAGGUUGUUACAGAUAAGCUCCAAAAGUGUAUAAUCAAACAAUGUUUCUCAAUACAGACCUGGAGCAGUCUUCUGCACAUCACGUGUCAGGAAGUGAUUAUCUAUUGGAGCACGCGGCAAAAAGUGCAGAUGCUAUUGCAUGUCCACACACGUUUAAUGUAUGAUAUGUAUUACAUACUGACUAAAGGUUAGAGUUAAAAUUACCAUGGUUUCAAAAUAUAUACAUUAAAGAUACUUACCAUUCAGAUCGCAUGAAUCAGGUAUAUAUAUAUAUAUAUAUAUAUAUACAAGGGACUUUUAUUUAUAUCAGGCAUGGCAGGCCCCAAUUUCAUGAAACAACUUAAAGGUCCAUUACUAAGGGAAAGUGAGUUGGCAAUUUUUUUCAUAGCCAGUGCAUGGACUUCUGCAAGACACUAAAUAAUGAAGAUUGGCAGGUCAAAAUUUACAGAAGGUCUUUGGAACUCAAAGAAAUGUACGUGUAUUAUGUUGAAAUUUCAAUGAAUCGACAGAAUGACCCCCCAGGUCUUUUUAACUUUCUUCAUACUUCAUAGAAAAAUAAGUGUACAUAUACUGCGAUUUAUUUCGAAUUUCUACCAACUUUCAUUUUCCUAUAAAAUGAAAUAGUUUCUGUGCUUUUUAAAAGAAAUUAAAAUGUUCACUUUCCUUAGAAUUGGACCUUUAAGUAGUCUUUAGUUAAGUCUUUGAUUUUAAAACCGUGCUAUUGCUUAAGUUACUAUUAGUAAUGUUGAUUUUUUCUCUUACAAUGUACAGUAUAUAUAGCUAAAUUAUACUAUAGUUAAUAGUAUUUGUCUGCAGUUUUUAUUUCAGUCAUGAACGACAAACGAGGGUUAUUUAAGAAAUAAUUUAUAGCAAAAGAGCGCAGCCCGAGUGAAAUUAUUUGAACGAUGUAUCACCACCUGAGUGUAUAAAUUGUGUUAAAACACGCUUGUGCUAUAAAUUAUUUCGAUUCUAAUAUGCCCUUAAUCUAAAACAGUAUAUAUAAUAUAGAAGCAAUUUUUCUUGGUCGCAACAAAAACUUUGACGUCACCGCACGUUAACGUGACGUCAUUCUAGCGUAAGAGUGUUUUAACAGAGGCAAGCAUAUUAGAAUGUACGAUAAACCUUAUUAUGCCCCCCUUUGAAGAAGGAGGGGUAUAUUGUUUUGCAGAUGUCU